AUGAUUUUGCACCAUUAUAUGGACUCAUCAUUGUUGCUCAUAUCAUUAUUGGUUCAUUUUGCAGCCAUGAGCAAGUCUGCAGGCUGCUGCAAGAGCUUCCUGCACUAUGCUUUUGAUUAUGAGACACCAAAAACAGUGGUUAUUCCCAACCUAGGUGUAGGAUUUCUGUUCAGGUUCACCCAGUUCCUGGUGGUGGUGUAUGUGGUGGGGUAUGUGUGUGUGGUGCAGAAGGCCUACCAGGAGACAGAUACUGUCAUCAGUACUGUGAGCACUAAAGUGAAAGGUUUCGCUCUCACCAACACAUCUGACAUAGGGCCUCAUUUCUGGGAUGUGGCUGAUUAUGUUAUCCCUCCUCAGGGUGAUCAUUCUUUCUUUGUGCUGACAAAUAUGGUUGUCACCCCAAAACAAGUGCAGUCACGUUGUCCUGAGCUUCCAAGCCCAUCAAGUAUUUGUGUGGAUGACUGCGACUGUGUCGAGGGACGAAGUGAUCCCCGGGGCAACGGUAUUCAGACAGGACUAUGUGAGAACUACUCCACCACUGUACAGACCUGUGAAGUGCUCUCAUGGUGCCCACUCGAAAUAGACACUAAGCUGCCUACAAGUCCACUGCUGGCUGCAGCAGAAAACUUCACUGUGUUGAUUAAAAACAGCAUCACAUACCCAAAGUUCAACUUUCACAGAAGAAACAUAAUGCCUUAUAUUACCUCCUCAUACCUGAAGAAGUGUGAAUUCAACCGCUCGACAGACCCUGAAUGCCCCAUAUUCCGACUCAAACAUAUUGUUUCAGAGGCUGGGGAGGAUUUCCAAGACAUGGCUGUGAAGGGUGGUAUGCUUGGUAUUCUCAUUGACUGGAGCUGUGACUUAGACUGGUGGGCAGGGAACUGUUUCCCCAAGUACAGCUUCCGUAGGCUGGACAACAAACACCCUGUCAAUAAUGUGGCCCCUGGUUACAACUUCAGAUUUGCUAAAUACUACAAGACAGCAGAUGGAGAGGAAACCAGAACCUUAAUCAAAGCGUAUGGGAUCCGCUUCGAUGUCAUUGUGUUUGGAACUGCAGGAAAAUUUUCCAUCGUACCAACUAUAGUGAACUUGGGCGCAGCAUUGUCGUUCCUCAGUUUGGUACCUGCAGUUGCUGACUGGAUUUUGGUGACGUGCACGAGGAAAAGAGAUCUUUACAGCAGACAUAAAACGGCAUAUCUGAAUGAAGAUGCAGACACAGAGGUGACAGUGGGCACCACCUAUGGAACCCAGUAG